AGAGUUGCCAUCCUGAAAGAUCGUUGUUUGUCAUCCGCGACUGAGCGAGUUAACCUAAUCGGCGCGACUGACAUCUACAGUUCAAGGAAAUAUUUUAAAUCGUAAAGUAUCGUCGUGCAACUUUUGUUUACAGUAUAAAUCUGCGCAGGGAACAGCUCAUCUGUUAUCAGACAUCGUAAUUUUCUUGGCGACAUGACUGCGAUAAUUGGCGGUUGACAGGACAUGCUCUUCCGAGUCAGAGCAUUUCAAAAUGUAUCCGCUUCCACACUGUAUGAACUAUACGCGGUCCUAAGUAGAUUAAACAAUUAACACCCACUGUUUCCCUGACAGAACAGAUUGCAUUGUGCACAUUGUCGUUAUACUGUCACUGGAUGCUCUAAUUUUGUGUUGAGAAUUAGGUGUUUCGAGAGCGAGCAAAAUGUCUGAGACAGCGAAAAUGACGUACACUUGCAUAAUUGAUCUGGAAAAGAAGGCUAAGAUUAAUUUUGUGGGGAAGGAGCCGCGCAGUGUAUAUGCGAGACUUCCUGAUAUGAAACUGAAAUCUGAAACAGCGAAGAAACAAGGGGAUGAUGAAACUGCCUACAUUAUGUUAAAGAGAUGGUUGAACACAGUUCUCUGGCUAAAGAGAACUCCGGAUUCGAAGGAAGGCAAAUCAAUCUAUACUGCGAAAAUAACUCUUGAUCAGAUAAAUGAAGUGAAAAACAUACUUGCAGACUUAACGCAAAAGCUAGAGAUACGCUAUGAGCGUAAUUCCAAAAAACAUUUAGAUACAGUGGAAAAAAUGGAAGUGGAGAUGGAUAAGGCAGAUACAACAGAGACUUAUGCAUCAAGUACUGAUAUUGGCUUAAAAUUACCAGAAACACCAACUGAUGAUCCUUUGUAUGGUGAUAGCGACAAAUUUAUAUCAUGCAUUCAAUUGUAUAAUUUAGUACAGAAAAGAGAUAGCAAAUAUUUGAUCAUUGAUAUUAGGGAGAAGGUUUAUUACGAUAAUUCCAGGAUAAUAUCUGACAAGUGUAUUAACAUUCCGCAAUCUGAAAUUCAACCAGGAUUAUUGGCCUUUCAUUUUUUAAAAUAUUUACGUAAAGAUAAGCAUUCGACUGAUUUGUUUAAUCAUCGAUCGAGUCAGUAUGUGGACAUUGUGAUUUUGCUGGAUUGGCACACUACGCAAGAGUCUCUGACGGCCGCCAGUAGCUUAAAUAAAUUGAAGGAUAUUUUAGAGAACUGGGAUCCUGGUACAAAUUAUAAAAAGAUUAAAAUUCUCAAUGGAGGAUAUCAAGAAUGGCUGAUAAGAUAUCCGCCAAUCACGACAAAUUCCAAUGUGAACAUACCAGAGUUUAACAAUGUCGAAAACGAAAUUUUAGUUGAUCAAAAAAUUGAUUAUCCAGAACUGAUAGAUUCGGAUGAGGAAGAGAUUUUUGAGAAAGUGCAAAAUACAAAUUCGAAGAAAUUGAAUAACACGAGAACAUUUAAUAACAUGGACGUCGAGAUGGAUCAUGGCAAUAACAAGUCAACAGCAUCCAAGCAUACUAGGUCGAUUGAUUAUCCAGAACUGAUGGAUUCGGAUGAGGAAGAGAUUUUUGAGAAAGUGCAAAAUACAAAUUCGAAAAAAUUGAAUAACACGAGAACAUUAAAUAACAUGGACGUCGAGAUGGAUCAUGGUGAUAACAAGUCAACAGCAUCCAAGCAUACUAGGUCGAACAGUAAUGAUAUUAUUUCUUCAGCCAAGAGCUUUACUAGUCACGUAACGAUAUCAAUCGAUGGCAAACGAUCGUCUCGAAACGAUAUUACAAAUACGCAACGAUUUGAGAACUCAGACGUGUCAGUAUCUCAGCAUAAGAUAUCAUCGAGUAAGAUGCCGCAAAACGAGGUGAGCACAAAGCCGGUUAUCGAUCGCAGCAGUAAACCGCCGACUUUAAAAACGUCUGAUCCACGAUGUAAGGAAGUAUUGAAGUUUAUGAAAGAAUUAAACGAACUAGCGAAAUCGAAGACUAAGCUGGCUGAUGAAUUGUUCAAUCAGGAAUUUGAGCUUUAUUCGCAGCGCGAUGAUAAAUACAGUGCCAGCGAUAAAAAGUAUCUACGUGGGGAGAUAAAAUCUUUAAAAGUUAAAUUGGAAGACAUGCACAAAAUGUAUCUCAAAGUGGAAAAUGAAUAUAACACCUAUUGUAAGGAAACAGACGCGAUUAAAUUUAAUACCACUGACGAUAACGAAAAGAAGAAUUUUGAAUUCAAUCUUUCUAUGUUGAAAAAGCAGCUCAAGGACAUUGAAACCAAACGAAAAAAAUUACACGAUAAUUGUAGAGAAUUCAUGGAAAGAGAACACAAGGAAAUAACGAUGAAGCAAAAUGAUGGGGAUGUUCACAAGGAGCCCUUAAAAACGGACGGUUCGUCGAUUAACACCGGCUUGGAGCGCUCUUAUUCAAGUCCAAACUUGCUGCAGUUGGGAGAACGUAAAGCACCUCAGAUAGAUAGAACUUCUAAGCCGCAUAUAUCGCCUCGCAAUCAGAAUGGAUCUAUUGGGAACCAAAACAUCAAAGUGUCUCCUCUUAGUUGGGGAAAUCGGGAAGAACGAAUGACUCCUAUUCACGGCAGUGUUCAUCCGGGCAUAACCGGCCUGAAGAAUUUGGGCAAUUCUUGUUACAUGAAUAGCAUUAUUCAGUGCUUGAGCAACACGACAAAUUUAGCGAAAUACUUCACCGAUAACUCGUACGCCGAUGAUCUCAAUACGAGUAACGAUAAUAUGACACAAGGCCAAGUCGUGGAAGAAGUGGCUCAAGUAAUUAAAGCGUUAUGGAGAGGCCAGUACAAAAGCAUAUCCCCUCACGACCUAAAGGUUGCAGUAGGACAAUACAAAUUGCAGUUUGUAGGUUACGAGCAACAAGAUUCUCACGAAUUUCUCACAUUCCUCUUAGACUGGAUGCAUAAUGAUCUUAAGAAAGAGGCAAAGAUGCCGUUCGAAAUGACCAACGCGGAAAAAGAAUGGGACAAAGCAAUGAAUUCUCAACGAUCCAUAAUAUCUGACUUGUUUUUCGGUCAACUGAGAUCCACCAUCACAUGUUCAUUUUGCAAACAAGCGAGCACUACAUAUGAGACAUUUAACAGCUUAACGAUGUCUCUUUCUCAAUCCAAUCGAUGUACUUUAAAUGACUGCAUGGACAAAUUUGUGACAGGGCAGAAGGUAAGCGGAUGGAAAUGUCCCAAGUGCCAGACACCACGCGACGCGAUGAAAAAGUUCGACUUCGUCAAGCUCGCGCCCAUCGUCGUGAUUCAUUUGAAUCGUUUCGCCGAAAGUGGCGGAUGGUUAGAGAAGCGCAACACCGCCGUUGAUUUUCCCUUCACGGGAUUCAAUUUGAAGCCCUACCUCGUCGCGGAGACUAAGAAGGCGAAUAUGACGAAUAAUAUUCGCAAUUACAAUUAUACUCUUUACGCAAUGUCCAAUCACUUUGGAACGAUGGAUGGCGGUCACUACACGGCAUUUUGUAAAAACGCUACUCAAAAUAAAUGGUACAAGUAUGACGAUCAGACUGUCACGGAAGUGUCGCCGAGCCUAGUGAAAUCUCAAAAUGCGAGUGCCUAUUUAUUAUUCUAUACAUCGUUUCCGAAUACGAUAAUGUAGUAUGAGGACGCACCCACGAAAACGUGAUCAAGAUUCGGUCAUCAUGAAAGUCUUCAGGGUGAUAUUACUUAAAAAAAGAAAAACGGAUUAUACAGGAAUGUAAUUCGACGCUCUGUAGAUAUUAAACCAUUAUAUUUUAUAUGAUAAAUCCUAUACGCGGACGAAACGUAUAGGGGCUGUGACGGUAUUGAAAGCUUUAUCAGUGCUGGCAAGGAUGGUGUAAAUACAUAGGAUGAUGGCGAUUUUCCUGUAUUUCCAUUACAGUUUGUCGCCAUAGAGAAAAAGUAAAAUAUAGUUGUGUUCGAGAAUAUUUGAUUACAUGUAUAGCAGCUUUGUAUAAUUAUAUUGAUAUAUCUAGGCUUGUUUUAGGCAGAUGUAUAAUAUUCUGUUUAUGAACAAUAUUAUGUUUAACAGCGUUAUGUUCUGUAUAACAGUUAUAUGUUAUUUUAUAACUUCGUAUUGGUUAUAAUUCAAAUAUUGUUUUCUUUUUAUUUGCUUAGAAUGCUGAAAUAAAGCGAAAGGGGCCAUA